CGACCGAUGCUCUUGCGUCGCUCUUCGCGAUCCUCUCUCCCUCGCGAGUUCUCGCACCUCGGGAUGACGCGCGUGAUCCGGGCGAUACGCGCGCGUUCUUUGCACUCGCGCCUACGACACGUCAGUCAGUGUGACAGUUGUCGAGUUGUUUCGCGAAGCGAUGGGGGGGAGGGCGAUAAUGUCAGCUCGCACAUCGGCCGCGUUCCGACAAUCGCGUCCGGACGAUCGUUCGGGAUCGGUGUGAGAUGAGAGCGGCGAACGAGGCGCGAUCGAUCAUUGGCGGAAGAUAGAGGCUUCACGCGCGAGUGAAACGGUGGUGGCCGCCGAGGCGAGAGUGCUCCUCCGAUGUUGGGCGGGAGAGAUGAACGUCCCAUUGUACGGCGUUCUCGGAGCCGCAGCGACUCUGCUCGCUUACAUCCUCGGCAUAGGAACGGUCGUGAAGCUCCUCGUCUGUUUGCUUGCGUUAAUUUUAGGGGCAUUGACCUGUAUAUAUAGAACGUACGCUCCGAAUCUUGACGAUGUAAUUAGGUCUGAAAGGGAAGACUUAACUAAGAAGACUGAAAAGUUCCGACAGUAUAUAUUAGAUCUAUCUAAGGAAAAGAUGACAUUCACGUUAGACAGGAGAAUAACCGGUAGUCGUAUCAUUGAUGAAUCCCUGCAAGAAAUCUUGGAUUUUCUUAUCAGAGAUUACGUGGAGCCGUGGUACACCGUCAUUACGGACGAUGAAGAAUUUAUCUAUUCUGUCCGGGACACUGCUCAAAAAAUCGCCAUCAAUGUCGCAAAUCGGGUGAAGAGCGUCGAUUGGAUACCCUACUUGACGACGCGGCUCGUCGACGAUGCAGCCUCGCACGUGCGGCUGUACCGGCAGGCGAGCGCGAGAAUGAAGCAGAUACGAUCGAGCAGAAUGCAGAAGGGUAGCGCGAGCUCGAGCACGUCGGGCGGCACGCCGAAGAAGACGCCCACACACCGGCGUAACAAAAGCGAGACCGACGUGUCGUGGUACUCGCAAUCCAAGUUUUACAUACCGAACCUGUCCUCGCUCACCGAGCCGAUCGAGGCCGGCGACGAGAAGGAGGAGGAGUCGCUGGAGAAGAUAUUCUUCGAUCUCGAGGUGCAGAUGGAGAGCAACCUGAUAUGCAGGGACUUGGUGUGCACGAACGACACCCAGGAGCUGGAGUUCCUGGGCGAAAUAUCGGAGAUCCUGCUGUACCUGGUACUGCCCAAGGCUGACUUCGAUUGUUUGACUGUGAGAUUUAUCUUAAGGGAGUUGUUAGUGAACGUUAUAAUCAGACCGUUGUUGGAUCUGUUCUCCGACCCUGAUUACAUUAAUCAGGCGUGUAUAUGGCUGUGUACUAAGGAGAGUGGCUUACCAAGUGAUGUCUUUUUAACAGUGAUUAGAAUAACGGAUAAUUUAGACGAAUUAACGGCGAUGAAGAGUAUAGUUUAUAAAGAGAUAGCGCACCUGCGCUCGAAGGAUUCGGGCGGCGAGGACGAUCUGUCGGUGAAGCAGCAGCUGAACAGCCUGUUAUACGUGAAGAGGAUCCUGGAGACGAGGAUCAUCGGUAUGCAGGAGGGUCUGGAGUCGGAGACCGACGGGAUCGGCGCUCAGCCGGAGUGGAACAGGCUGCUGAUACCCGGUCAGAAACUGGUGAACCUGCCGUUGGACGAGCUCCUGAAGAACAACAUCGCGCUCAGCUACUUCAUCGACUACAUGACUUCCAUCAACGCGGAGGCGUACCUGUUUUUCUACCUGAACAUCUACGGGUGGCGGGUCUCGGCCGAGCAGCAGAUAUCGGACAUGGAGUUGCAGAAGAUGCAGAGCGGUCAGUCGGCUGGAGGCGCGGCUGGCGCGAGGCGCAAGAACGCGGAUUUGGACAAUCUGAAGGAGGCAGCCACGAAGAUCUACCAGCAGUACCUCAGCGACAAGGCGUCGCCGAAGCUGCAGCUGGACGACGCGCUGGUGAAGGGCCUUCUGACGCGCACGAGAACCGAGUCGAUGAAGGAGACCUGGUUCGACGAGUUGCGCAACUGCUGCUACGAGAAGCUGCAGAACGAGGACAGGUUCCUGCCGGGCUUCAAGCGCUCGUUGGCCUACGUCAAACUGCUGGCCGAGCUGGAUCUGCUGAAGGACCCGGUGUCCGAGGACGACACCAAGUCCCUGGACAGUAUAAGUCUGUCCAGCACGAACAACGAGCUGGACACCCUGGAGGAACUGUCGGAGACGUACAAGACGUCCGACGACGCGCGGCUUACGGUCGCCACGAAGGAGGGUGCCACGAAGUCGAGUUCCGCCUCGAGCUUAGCCAGCAUGGGGGAGGUGAUCGAAGGUAGAGCGUCCGACGAGAUCGACGCGGACGUGCCGGCCGGCGGUCCGAAGGGCACGAGGAUCGCGCGCAAGAGCUCCGCCACGGAGAUCGAGCAGUUCGGCGAGAAGAAGGACAUCUCGUUCUACCUGGAGACGAACGCGGAGCAGUUCGUCAAGCUCGACGAGAACGACUACGAUCAGAACGCGAUCAAGAAGCUGCAACAGGGUCGCUUCGAGAUCACCGCGACGAUAAUAGAGACCGGCAUUGUCAGCGACCGCGGCAAGACCUACGGGAUCUACGCCGUGGCCGUCACGAAGAACUACGACUCGGGCUACAAGGAGAAGUGGCACAUAUACAGGCGGUAUUCCGACUUCUACGACCUGCAUCAGAAGAUCAAGGAGAAGUAUUACGAUCUGGCAAAGAUACCGUUCCCCGCGAAGAAGGCCUUUCACAACAUGGAGCGCACGGUGCUGGAGAGACGGAUGCUGAUGCUGAACGCAUGGCUGUGCCAACUCACGAAGCCCGCGAUCGUGGACGGCCACAUGGGUCUGCAGAAUCUGUUGUUAGCUUUCCUGGAGCAAGGGGAUUACGACAAAGGAGUCACCGGCGGCCAGAUCUCCAGAACGAUAGAUACUUUAAUGAAUCCUUUGAAGACCUCCAUGAAAAGCGUCACGCAGGCGGUCAAAACGAUGCCGGACAAUAUGUUGAGCACGGUGGACGGUGUGAUGGACAAUCUGAGCAAGUUCUUCGGCAAUCCCAAGAAAACGAGUAUUUUUUACGAGAAUACCAAAGUCGGCGCCGGUCUCGACACUGAGACCGACGACAACAUCCCGUUGCGAAUUAUGCUGCUGUUGAUGGACGAGAUCUUCGACUUGAAGGUGCGAAAUCAAUGGCUACGAAGGCGGAUCAUAACGCUGCUGCGGCAGAUCAUUCGAACGAUGUUCGGAGACAUAGUAAAUAGAAGAAUAGUGGAGUACGUGUCGUUUCUGACUAGCCCGUCGAAGGUCGCGGGUUAUUUGCGUCUGUUCAAGAAUAGCUUCUGGCCGAACGGCGUGAAGGCCGAGAGUAAGCCGCCGCGAGACACGGAGAUGAAGAACAGAACGCGAGUGGCAGCUAAAGUCGCCCUGCUUUCCUGUCUUUCGGACGAGUUGAAACAUAUCAUAGGCAGCGAGACGACGAGGCGCGGGCUAUUGAGGGUGUUCGAGCUCUUUCAGCGGCCCGUACUGAAUAGAAGACUGUUGUACGUGCUGCUGGAGGGUAUCGUGGAGACGCUCUUCCCGCAGAACGAUUUAGUGGCAAUUUUCAGAAAACUUUACUCGGUGUCGCCGCGAGUGAGGAACAAAAGCAAAGGGAAGUCCUGAUGGAAAAACAAGACGGAAUGAUGUCCGGAUGCAAUGGCGCGAGAACGGCAAUUAGCCGGGACGCAUCGCGGGAAAUUAGAAAUUCUGCCGACCUCUGUCGGCGAUCUUCGAAUGAAGAUCACGUCACCUCUUCGAAUAGCUUAGAGAAUUACGAUAUUAAUAAGACACUUGUGCGCAAAUUGUGUCCAACGUAACGGAAACAUAUUUAAAAAUAUCUAUGCGUUCGACCCGUUGGGCUCUCAUUCGAUUUUAAUCUUCUCUCUUUCUCCUUCUCUUUCUCUCUUUCUCUGUAGAACAAAACGUAUUUAUCAAAAUCGAUCGAAUAAGAUUUCUUUAACGUGACGUGACCAAUCGCAUAUUCGGCAGUUAACGCGUCUUUCGUAGGAUCCUACGUGUUCUCUCGGCACUCGUUUUUAGAGGAAGUAUAUCGCUCAAUUUUCUCGUUCAUUUUUUAACAACGUAGCAAUGCGUGAUGUCUGAAUGCCGAAAUCGUAAUGUGUACUUAAUGUGCGAGUUCAAUUAGAGGGCGCGGAGAGCGCCGAGUGCAAGCUCGUUAGGCCGCGGAAUUUUUGAUACUCCAUUAGGUAUCUAUUGAAAUCUAUCGGGAUCAUCCGCCCCGAGGGAGCCGGCCGUGUUUCAGUCAAUCAGUCAGAACGCGGUAGUAGCUUUAUUCGAGCUCAAUGGGUCAAUGGGUCCUCAAUCGCUAAGCUUAUUGAGAUGUUACUGAGUGUCGUUCUCUUUCUCUCACUUCGAACCGAGCCCUCUGAGCUGCAAUGCGAACGUGUGCACACCAACGUGCCGCCAUUGCAACGGACAACCUAAGCCGCCUAGCUUGCGACAGGGAACAAAACGGAAGUCGAAACGCUUUCGUAUCUCGACUAUUUGUACACCCCAGACGCGCAUGUCGGGAAAGUUCCGCGCCACAAAGUUCCCCCCUCCCCCCUUCCCUCAUAAAAAAUUUGCGCACGUAGUAUAAAAUACAUAAGAUACUCUUGUGUGUGUUU